CGCGCUGGGGACGGUCUGGGGGAAGAUGGCAGCGCCGCUCCUGUUCAGCGAGUUUUCCUGAGAAAUGAGCGCCGAGAAACAGCAGCAGGAAUAAAAGCGCAGCCGGACUGAGACCCGCGUCACAGCAUGGAGCACAUUAUAACCCCCAAGGUAGAAUAUGUGAAGCUGUUGGACAGAUACGUCGCCAAGAAGGCGGCGACGGGCACGUUAUACCUGACCGCCACUCACCUCAUUUACGUCGAACAAGAAACUGACACCCGCAAAGAAACAUGGGUUCUCCAUCAUCACAUCUCCUCCGUGGAGAAGCUCCCUCUGACGGCGUCGGGCUGUUCGCUCCUCAUUCACUGCAAGACCUUCCAGCUGCUCCACCUGCUGCUGCCCAGAGAGAGAGAAGCUCAGGAGGUGUUUCAGUCUCUGCUGCGUCUGUCGCAACCAGUGAAGGUGGAGGAGCUCUACGCGUUUCUCUACAACCCCCAACAGAGCGAAGCCGAGCGGACGGCAGGAUGGAGCCUCGUCGACAUGGCGGCCGACUUUGGCAGGAUGGGGUUGCCCAAUGAACUCUGGGAAAUCAGCCAUAUCAACAGCAGCUACGAGCUGUGUAGUACGUACCCAACGGUGCUCGGCCUCCCUAAAUCUGCCAGUGUUGCUACGGUAACGGGCAGCGCCAAGUUUAGGAGCCGUGGUCGGCUGCCUUCGCUUUCCUACUACCACAAAGACACUCAGGCGGCGAUCUGUCGCUGCAGCCAGCCGCUCUCAGGUCUGAGUUCGCGGUGUAUCGAGGAUGAGCAGAUGCUGCAGGCCAUCAGCCAGGCCAACCCCAACUGCCCCUUCAUUUAUGUAGUGGACACACGGCCGAAGCUGAACGCCAUGGCUAACCGUGCAGCGGGGAAAGGCUACGAGAAUGAAGACAACUACGCCAACAUCAGGUUCCACUUCCAGGGCAUCGAGAACAUCCAUGUUAUGAGGAGCAGCCUGCAGAAACUGCUGGAGCUGUGUGCUCAGAAGACUCCCUCUAUGAGCGAUUAUCUGACCGGACUGGAAAGCUCUGGCUGGCUGAGACACAUUAAAGCCGUGAUGGACGCUGGCGUCUUUCUGGCCAAGGCCGUGGGUGAUGAAGGAGCGAGUGUGUUGGUUCACUGUUCUGACGGUUGGGAUCGAACUGCUCAGGUUUGCUCUCUCGCCUGCAUCCUGCUGGAUCCUUAUUACAGAACCAUCAAAGGACUCAUGGUUCUUAUAGAGAAAGAGUGGAUUUCCUUCGGGCACAAAUUCAGUCACAGGUGUGGUCAUCUGGAAGGUGACCCCAAAGAGGUUUCCCCCGUGUUUACUCAGUUUGUGGAGGGCGUGUGGCAGCUGUCCGAGCAGUUCCCCUGCGCGUUCCAGUUUAACGAACGCUUCCUGCUGACCAUCCACGAUCACGUCUACGCGUGUCAGUACGGAAACUUCAUCGGAAACUGCCAGAAAGAGAGACAGGAGAUGAGGCUGAAGGAGAAGACGUUUUCUCUCUGGCCGUUUCUGCUGCAACAUCAGGACGAGUUCCGCAACCCUCUGUACAGACGCUCCGCUCACAACAGCGUCCUCAGACCCAGCACGCUGCCGCUGCACUUCAAGUUCUGGUGUGGGAUGUAUAACCGCUAUGACAAAGGAAUGCACCCCAAGCAGUCUGUCCUGGACACACUCCUCACUCUCACCCACCAACAGACGCAGGAGGAGAGGACGAUGACUGAACUACAGAGACAGCUGGCUGUCGCUGAUGGGGUCCUCCCACAUCCAGACGGACCAAUCAGCUCGCCUCCUGGUCACAGUGCUAGGCCCGAAGCCCCGCCCACCGCUUCCUUAGACCAGUCAAACGGAGGCUGUACCUCUUUGACCAACGGUGACGGAGCAGAGGUGGAACCGUCCAAUCGGGAAGAAGCGCAACCGCAGGCUGCGAAGGACAAACCUGUUUCUAUGGUGAGGUCCAUGCUGCAGCUGCGUCCUGCGGAGGAGGACGAACACGCCGCUGAGAGCUUGGAACUGAACCGCGCCGUGGCUAACGAUGACCACCUCCUGCUGGAGGAGCUGCUGUCACAGGAGCGCUACAGGAAGUGCAUCAACCAGCGCAGCGGCUGGGGCGUUCCCAGCACACCUUUACGCAUGGCCGCCUCUAAAGGUCACCUGCGCUGUCUGCAGCUGCUGCUGGCCCACGGUGCGGAGGUGGACAGCAUAGACGUGAAGGCUCAGACGCCGCUGUUCUCCGCCGUUUGUGGACGAUACCUCGGCUGUGUUCUGGCUCUGCUCCGUGCCGGCGCCGACCCAAACGGAAACCUCCGGAACAGCAGCUCCCCUGUGCUGACGGCCGCCCGCGAGGGGGACGCGGAAAUCCUCCUCCAGCUCCUGCGGCACGGCGCCGAGGUCAACGCCAGGUCAAAAGUCAUGCUGUGGACGUCCGGCGUGACCGUGUGCAGCGGGCCGCUCUACCUGGCGGCCGUCUACGGUCACCUGGACUGUUUCAGGAUCCUGCUGCUGUACGGGGCUGACCCCAACUACAACUGGCCCGAGGACAAAGCGUCCAGCCGGGCGGUGCCGACGAGGAAGACGGUGCUGGAGAUGUGCCUCAGACACGGCUGCAGCGUGGAGUUCAUCCGACUGCUGAUCGAGUUCGGAGCCAACGUCUACUUACCUACACUGAUCAUAGAGAAGAGCACCAAACAGAACGAGGCCCUGGAACUGCUGCUGAGAGAGAGAGGUUGUCCCAGGUCGUUGGUGUCUCAGUGCAGGCUGGUGAUCCGUCGACACCUGAAACAGCCGCCUCCGCCCCUCAUACAGAGCUAAAUCCAGCUUUCCUGUGACGCUAACUGGACGAGAAACAUCACAGACGAAUGAUGCGACACUUGCAUGAAGGAAUGGAUGAACAGAUGAUGGAUGGAUAAACGAGUGAACGGGCGACGGGCAGCUACAGACAGGCGGUCAAGCUUGCUCGCUUUGGGUUGCGUUUGCUUUAGUUUCUCCAGCUCUGAAACGUUUGUGUGGGCGGGGCCAGAGCCGCAGCCUUGUGAUUGGUCAGGAGAGUGCUUAUGGAAGUGCUACCCAAGAUUAGGACCGCCCACUUUAUAUCAAGAGGAGAGAAAUAUGGCCAAAUAUAUUGGUCAUUUAUUGGUCAUUUGCAUAAACUCAGUACAUGUUUACUGUUCGCCUGCAAGAACAACAUUAACCUGAUUAGGCCGACUGAGUGGAGCUUCCCUGAGUGGAGCUUCCCUUUAAUGUCAAGUUGUAAACGUCGUCCUUUACUGGAAAAUAAAACACCUGCUUUUUAUAUGU